CAGCACCGGAUUGGCCAAUGGCCAGAUAGCGUGAGCUCUGCUCACCGCAUGAUUUGCUUCUGAUUGGCCUAAUACAUUAUAAAGGGGUGGUAAGUCGUGGCGGUGUACUGCGAGGUAAUUUACAUAAAAUGAGCAGCAGCAUCCUGAAAACUUGAAACCGGCUCAUAACAAGGGAGUUUGUGCAUCACUUUAAAUUAACCAUUAUUACAGUUGAAUUGAAAAGCUCUACCAGAAAACAAGCAACGUUUAAUGGAUGGAUGUUUUUGGGGUUUUUUUUUUUUUUUAUGAAUGAGAAAUUAAAAUAAAAACGGAAUAAUAUUUUGAGGACAGUUUAUAUUUUUGUAUAAAUAAACAUUGGAUUGCUGUUAAACUUUGUUUUAUUUUAACCAAAUGUACACUAAAUCUGUACAGUACCAUCAUAAACUAUAAACAUCUAGUUUAUUGUGUCCUUUGAUCAAAAGUCGAGCGUAUUAAAUACUUUUCUACUUGAAAGGACUAUUUUAUUUAGCGAUUUUCUGUAAGAUUUUUUGUAAGAUAAACUACUAUCUGGAAUUAAAAUAAUAAUUUUAAAAAAACAUUGUAAAAGAUCAAAAUGUGGGCUUUCCUGGGCAUCGCCACCUUUACCUACAUUUACAAGAAAUGCGACGCUGUUAUAUCUUAUGCCAACAAGGAGGUUCUUUUGACAGUUACUGUUUUUUUCACACUGGGGUCGGUGCUGUCAUAUUGUAGGUACCGUUAUGGACAAACACAACACAAACCAUCACACUUGGGUCUGGUUCUUCAACUCAUUUCAGCUCUGCCUCUCGCUGGUUUUUUCUUCUCUAAAUCAAGUACCCAUUCUGACACAGAUGAAAAAUCUGUAUCCAAAAAGCAUUGGCGCAAGAGAAAGGAAGCCAAGCUGAGGCACUCUUCUCAGACAGAGAGCACUCCAGGGACUGUAGUCCUUGCCAGUUCUGACCCGGAUGUCAUUAUUGUGGGUGCUGGUGUCCUUGGUUCAGCCAUGGCUGCAGUCCUGGCAAGGGAUGGAAGAAAAGUUACAGUCAUUGAGAGAGACCUCAAGGAGCCAGACAGAAUUGUCGGAGAGCUUUUACAGCCUGGUGGAUAUCGUGCCUUAAUGGAGUUAGGACUUGAAGGUUCAGUUGAAGGUCUGGAUGCUCACACAGUACAGGGCUAUGUUAUUCAUGACAUGGACAGUAAGACAGAAGUGGAAAUCUCAUACCCAGUGAAAGAGAAGAAGGUUCAGUGUGGAAGAGCAUUUCACCAUGGGCGCUUUAUCGUGGGGCUGCGCGGUGCUGCUUUAAAGGAAUCAAAUGUAAAGUUAAUUGAAGGAACUGUGACUAACCUGCAAGAGGAAGAAGGCUGUGUUACUGGUAUCCAGUAUAAAGAUAAGGAAACUGGAGAUGUAAAAGAGCUUCAUGCCCCAUUGACAGUAGUUGCUGAUGGAUGCUUUUCCAAGUUCAGGAAAAACUUAGUGACAGACAGUGUCAGCAUUUCAUCUCAUUUUGUUGGCUGCAUAAUGAAGGAUUCACAACAAUUCAAGCCAAACCAUGCAGAACUGGUUCUAGCAAAUCCCAGCCCAGUUCUUAUUUACCAGAUAUCUUCCACGGAUACCCGGGUCUUGGUAGACAUCAGAGGCGAAAUGCCAAGAAACAUCAAAGACUACAUGAUUGACUACAUCUACCCACAACUACCAGAACACCUAAAGGAAUCUUUCCUAAUUGCACUACAGAAUGACCGGCUAAGGACCAUGCCUGCAAGCUUUUUGCCACCCUCCCCUGUGAAUAAACCAGGAGUUCUUCUAUUGGGAGAUGCCUACAAUAUGAGACACCCUCUGACUGGAGGUGGAAUGAGUGUUGUUCUGAAUGAUGUCCAGAUAUGGAGAAGCCUUCUCCGAAACAUUCCCGAUCUUUAUGAUGACAUUGCUGUGCUUGAGGCUAAGAAAAAGUUCCAUUGGGCCAGGAAGAAGUCCCACUCCUUUGUUGUGAAUAUUCUGGCACAGGCCCUUUAUGAGCUCUUUGCAGCAACUGACAAUUCCCUCCAUCAGCUGCGAAAAGCCUGUUUCCAUUACUUCAAGCUGGGUGGAGAGUGCGUGACAGGGCCCAUAGGCCUCCUUUCUGUGCUUUCUCCAAACCCGAUGACGCUGAUUGGCCAUUUCUUUGCCGUGGCUCUUUAUGCUGUUUAUUUCUCCUUCAAAUCUGAACCCUGGUUCACAAAGCCACGAGCCUUCUUCAACAGUGGAGCAAUUCUGUACCGUGCUUGUGCCAUCCUCUUUCCUCUUAUCUAUUCAGAACUGAAGUAUCUGGUUUAUUAAAACCUAGCUGUAUAAUGCAUAGGCAGGAAUUGACACUUAGCCUUUUAAUUUAUUUCUAUAAUUUGUAUUCCCUGUUUUGCACCUUUCUACAUAUAUAGUAUAUUCUACAGUAAAGAGUGACCAACUUACAUGCUUAUGUUACUGAAGGCUUGUAACUUACCUGCAUUUGUCUCUUUUUCUGCAAGGCAAUCUGUAUCAUGUCUUCCUAAAAUAGAGUUCAGAGUUUGGCAUCACAAAAUGUUGAAAAUCCAUUUGAUAAUAUUUCAUUAUUUGUUCUGGUGUACAUAAACUCUGAAAGUGAUACAAAGUGCUUGUGCUAUUGUGUGAAAUUGCAUAUUGUAUUUGGAGCAGAGAAGAAACCUUGUACUUUACAGAACAAACGUUCUUAAAUGAAAUUGUGAACUUGUCAGCCACUAUGCUGCUAAAUAUGUAAUUCUAAUGCACCUGGUAUGUUUUUUAAAUGGCAAAGUUAUUCAGCAGAUAUUAAACAGAAAUUGUUUUAAUCCUUGAAA